UGUGAAAUUUCGUUGAGGUAUCUUUGACCAGAAGGGCACCAAGACCCGGAUAGAAAAGAUGCCGACUGCUCUCCUCACUUUUCCACAGCCCCAAAAGAUAAGGUAGCGAUAUGAUUUUACUAAACUAACGACACAGAUAGUUAGCUACAACCAACCAGUGUUAAAUAAGCAACAUUAGAACCUGGUGGGAACGAGGACCCGGGGAAGGGAGAGGAAAACUCAUGUAGACAGCCAGCUAGCCAACAGCAGCAAUUUAGCUCAGAGAGGAAAACAGCGAAAACAAGAAAUAGCACCCCCGCUUUCACGCGUGUCACAAUCUCAAGCAGGACCUGUCCAGGACAACGCUUGUGAAGGGCGACGUCUUCAGCCAUGGGGCUAGCUUGCUAGCUAGCUACUCUUGACACCGCUAGUCACUCUUGACAAAGCUAGCUGGCUAGUUUGCUAAUCGACGUUAUUUCAUAGAGAUAGCUGGCUAGCCAACACUGCUGUUCUGGCUGAUUAGCAAGCAAGCUAGCUGUCUCGGUACUUUUAGAUAUUCAGAGCUAGCUAGCUAGUUAUCAAUCAGACUGAAACACGGAGCUGACGGGUUAGGGUAUCUGGCUUGAGGGAAUCAGCGACAUGGCUAACGUUAGCUACAUGUGGAGGAUGCAAAAAUAGAUCAGCGUAGCUAGGUAGCUUUAUUACCUGGUAGACAGCAAAGUUAGCCUGCUAGUAUAAUUUUGGAAAGAGCUGUCAAGUACACUUCAUCGCAUAAUUCUCGUUAACUUGCUACUGUAGCUAGUCAAACUUCAUUUCCUAGAUAACCGAAUUCGCCCAAGCAAGACAGUGUAUUUUGUGAGAGUGGACUCUUACUUGAUUGCUAUCUAAUUGGCUUGCUAGCUGGCUUGCUGCUAAUAUUUGGUAGAAAACGUUAGCUAACUAACGAGCUAGCUAUGAUCAGGAUUUAAAACUUCAGUAGCUAAUGACAAGAAGGGUCAGCCACAAAUACCAUCAGUACAGCUGACAUAUAUCAACAGUUAGGACGCUGGGUAGCUACACAUUGCCAGAUUUUUUUGUUUUGAUUUGACUCCGGAGUGUUCCUGGCAGCUAACUAGUCCGACCCACUUCGAUUCGAUUCCCUCCCGGCUGAGCUGCUGGUGGACGCAAGAUUGCUAAAACCGGAGGCAGCAGCUCUGACCUGUCCCAGCGCUCAGCGAGCGGGCAUUGAUUGGCUGGUAGGUGUGGCCGGCGGGCUGGCUCCUCCCCCUCCCGGCGGCAGCGUGCGCUCCCAGCCGCCGCCUUGCGCCCCGCGCUCGCCCGGCCUGCGCGCCCGAGCCCAUGCCUCCAGCGCCACGCGGCCCUCCAACGCCAUGUGCCUCCCGCACAGCAUGGACGCGGGCAAGCACGGCGCGAGCCAGGGACCGGGCAGGCGCAGCGGGGUGCCGCUGGAGCCCUUCGUGCACCAGGUGGGCGGCCACACCAGCAUGAUGCGCUACGACGACCACACCGUCUGCAAGCCCCUCAUCGCCCGCGAGCAGCGCUUCUACGAGUCCCUGCCCCCCGAGAUGAAGGAGUUCACCCCAGAGUACAAAGGUGUAGUGCUGGUGUGUUUCGAGGGGGACAUCGACGGCUACAUUAACCUGGUGGCGUACCCUUACGUGGAGAGCGAGGGGCUGGACCACGAGGACUUGCCCGAGAGGGACCAACCGCGAAGGAAGCACUCCCGCCGAAGCCUGCACCGCUCCAGCAGCGACCACAAGGAGGAGCGGCCGGCCCACGAGAGCGACAGCACCGAGAACCUGCAGGAGCUGAAGAGCCCUCGCCUGGAGCUGCAGAUCCACUCGGACGUGCCCUUCCAGAUGCUGGACGGCAACAGCGGCCUGAGCUCCGAGAAGAUCAGCCACAACCCCUGGAGCCUGCGCUGCCACAAGCAGCAGCUGAGCCGCAUGCGCUCCGAGUCCAAGGACAGGAAGCUGUACAAAUUCCUGCUGCUGGAGAACGUGGUGCACCACUUCAGCUACCCCUGCAUCCUGGACCUGAAGAUGGGCACCCGGCAGCACGGCGACGACGCGUCCGAGGAGAAGGCGGCGCGGCAGAUGAAGAAGUGCGAGCAGAGCACCUCCGCCACCCUGGGGGUGCGGGUCUGCGGCAUGCAGGUGUACCAGAUGGACACAGGCCACUAUCUUUGUAGGAACAAGUACUACGGCCGGGGGCUGUCCAUCGAGGGCUUCCGCCACGCGCUCUAUCAGUUCAUGCACAACGGGGCCCAGCUGAGGAGGGACCUUUUCGAGCCCAUCCUGGGCAAACUGCGCAGCCUGAAGGCUGUGCUGGAGAGACAGAACUCCUACCGCUUCUACUCCAGCUCCCUGCUCAUCAUCUACGAAGGCAAGGAGCCCGAGGCGGACCCCUGGCAGAAUCCAUCCGACGGGCCGCCCGAAAGGGACAUGAGUCCCUGCCCGGCGGCCCAGGGCCCCUUGGAGGCCCCCCCGGUGCCCCAGCCCCCUGCAGACUGCGUCCUCCCCCACCAGGAGCCUCCCCCACCCCCCAGCGUGGAUGUGCGCAUGAUUGACUUCGCUCACAGCACCUUCAAAGGCUUCCGGGACGACCAGACUGUGCACGACGGGCCGGACAGGGGCUACGUGUUCGGACUAGAGAGCCUAAUCAAGAUUCUGGAAGGGAUUCGAGACGAGAACCAGUAGCGAAAACAGGCUCCGCCCUCCCCACCUCUCUUCCCUCAAAGCCCAACCCCACCUUUGAUGUAAUGAAAAAAAAGGAGGAAAAAAAAGCUAAACAAAUGAAAAACAGGGUGACAUUUACAAGAAAGAAAAGCACAUUUAUAGGCAAAGAAACCAAGGAGUGACAGCUUCUGUAGCUCUCAGCAAUGUGGAAACAGACACUAAAGGUUUGAGAAACCUUUGUUCUCCUCAUUGAUUGACACCUAGUGGCUACUUCUGGCAGGGUCUACAGUCCCACUAUCAGGACAGACGCAGCUGCUAUCCCUUUGCAGCACUGAGGGACAUGUCUGCCUUGUGGGUUCAUCGCCACCAUGUGGCCAUUUCAAGUAUUGUUUUGAGGCACGGGUCAAGAAUAACAAAGCAGCCGCAGCUCAGGGCACGUCCAGGGUCAGGCCCUGUCUUAACACUGUGGGGUUGGUAUGGGGGAGUUUGUGUGUGUGUGUGCGUGCGUGUGUGUCUGUGUGUAAGAGUGUGUAUGCAUGAGGGAAGAGCAGGGGAGGGGGGUUGUUGGGAUGACAUCCCCUCAAAAAUUAUUCUUAGCAGCAGUAUUCCCAUUGUGGUUUUGAAAGGGGAGCAGCUUUGCUGGCAAUCGUUUUCGAAAGCUUUACUGUAAAGGGAGCUGGACAGUUUUAAAAUUUAAUCUUAAUGGGGAAAAAAGAUGAACCCCCUUUACAGGCCCAGUUUAAAAACCACAGCUUUACUGUAUGGAAAUCCUAUAUAUAACAGGUCACCUUCUUAUUAUUUUGCAAGCUUCUUCUAGUCAUCUUAUUCACCUCCAUUAGCGUCACUUUCAUUUAUCGUAGAUUCCACAUUUUUUGCAUACCUUUUGUCCUUUCUUCGCCCACCAAUUAAUGGUAGUUCAGGCAGUCCCAGGCUGGGCGAUGGGACAGCUGAGGGAUGCUUUUUUUUUUUUUUUUUUGGCCCUGACCCUUUAUUGUCCCCAUGUUACAAAGCUUUUCCUCGGUCAGGGGUGGUGGGUGACCCUGAAAGAAAACCUGUCUUGUAAUUUGCACUGUAGAGGCUGGAUCUAAAGCAUC